GAUUCUGGGAAGCAAAAUGGUGGACGAUUCGCAUUGAAAAGAGUGGUUUUGCGCCUCCGAAACAUGGUUUAUUGCCAAUCACCUGAGGAGUUUAAAAUUCUACUUUCCCUCGCAUCGAAUUUCACCAAGUUUUGGCCGCUUUUCAUCGUCUUUUGGAAUCGGUUUAACAUCGUGGAAUGAUUUUAAUUUUGCAUUACAAAAGAGGUUUCGGAUGAAAACAAAGCAUCGAGAUUUUUGAAAAGGUACCAGUAUCUUCAUGCUGGCUUCGAAAACUAAAGGACUUUCUAACACUUUUAUCAACUUUGCGUCACGUAAAGGAGGACAAAUGGUGGAUUUUAAGUUUUAUGGUGUUCAGAAAAGAUCGAAUUGGGAAUCGAUUUAACCACAACGAAAAGUCAAAUGGUUCAUUUUAAAGGUAAAGGGUAUGUCAAACCGCAAUUUAUGAUAUUUAAAGUUAAUUUGCUGCUGUUAUUGUGAUGUUUCGACAAGCAAUAAAGUAAGGUAACGGUACUCCUUACUCAUUUCUUUGUAAUUUGUCUUAUAUCAUGUUUGUAAUCUAAGACUGGAUGUGGCGCUCACGCGCGUGCUUGGCCAUGAGGCUGUAGAUGAUCAUGUACUCUAAACCUGAUCGAACGCGGGUUUUGCGGUUUCAGGCGAUAAACUUUCGCUGAAUACGAGCUGCGUUUUAUCAUAGCUAGUUAAAGAAGAAUUAUAGCUAAAAAUUGAGUUAAUUUCUUUCGAAAGCCAAGGCGACGAAAUUCUCGAUUUCAGGCGUUAUUCGUGCUAAUUGUGUCUUACCUUUGAGAAAUAUUUUCUUAAAGCUUGUAUUUUCGCGCUUUCUCUGCUUUCAAACCGUGGGCACCGAUUUUAAAUCAGCAAUCUUCCAAAUGAGCCCGUGACUUAUGAUAUGGGGAGCAUAACAUUUACUUACUUUCUAGACGAGUGGGAGUAAAGAUAGAAAAUAGGUAUCAUGCGGUAAUUUCAGCGACUAAUUGACUAUCCUAUGGUCGUGGUCAUUUCGUAAUAACAUAAUAAAUCAUGUUAUGUUCUAAUUAAGCUCGAUACACACCAAAAUAUGUAAGUUAUAAAAAAUCGACUUCACUGUCUUUCCUGAUGCAUCUCUGUAAUGUCUGUACUACAAGAUGGAGGCAGAUUAUCCACAGCGAAACGAGGACACGUUCUCAUUACUCGAUCGUCCACUAUGCCUGAGAGUUGCACUAGUAAAGGCAACCCAGUUACAAUAACCAUAAUCUCUCUCAGGGCUACUGGACUGUAUUUUUGGAACAAUAUCUUACUAUGGCUGAAAAGAAAGAGGCACAAUUCUUCGCCUAACGCAUUCUUACCAAAAUUCAAAUCUGAAUCGAGUUGCCGCAAUUCUCAACCAUAAAUUACAGAGGGUAAUGGGGAGUGGACUGGCUGCCUCAUUUAAAAUUUCCAUAUCAUGGGCUUACCUAAGUGAACGUUUCUCAGACAUAAAAUGACAUCAGAACUCUCUGUCCGCUGUUACCCAGAUUAAUUUUGUAGAUGAUCUCUCUUAGUUAACUGUUGCUCUCACAUUGUCUAUGUUUGUUUGUUUGUUUGUUUGCUCCAAUGAAAUGAAAGGUUUGUUUGGGAAAGGGUUUAUUUUACGUGAAAAUUAAGCACAUUUCGUCAUUGGUAUCAGAAUGGUUAUUAAGAUGCUUGGGGAACAAGUCAAGAGUUGAAAAGUCCUUCACUACCGAUGACGUAGAGACAACAUAUGAAGAGCUUAACAACACGGGGAGGUAUAUCGCAACGAUAUCAUGGACACCUUUUGAUAGUAAGUGGAAUACCAGCAUUUUUCACGGUAUCGAAGUAAACCUUGAGUCAUUUUUUAGGUAUAAAAGAGAGUUUAAUAUCAACUCAUCGACAUUGUAAAUGCAACUCGAUUUAAUUUGGUGGAUCUUAUUUAUGAUUUAAUUUUUGUUUGCGGAUAGGAAUAAUAAAAAGGGGACGUUCUCUCGGACAUUCAGAAAGAUGACGUAUCUUAAUACCGUCUGUGAUCUUAAACAAACUCUAGAUUAGCCAAAAUAAUGAGGUUUCGCUGUCAGUUCAUGCAAUUUCUCCCCGAUUACGAUUACCGAGGGAGUGAGCACGUUGCGUGACGAAAACAAAUAACGGCUGCUUAAGAGAUUGGCGGAGCUGGAGAUAAAAUCAAUAAAAAAAAGAGGCCAGCGAUGCAUUGUCGAAUACCUGAUAAGCGUCUCCUCAUUUUUCGACCUCUACAACCCUUACAGAAAUAUCAUGAACGGAAAUGACGAGAAAUUCAGGAGUAAGAUUAUAGUAUUUGUUUCUUUCAGUUCAGUUGACUAAUUGGACUGGAUACGGAAUAAUAUACGCAAUUAUAGAUUUCACCAGCGAUAACGAUGCCAAAACCCAUUGUCAAGAAUUGGAUAAGGUGAGGGCAUGACGACUGAGUAGUAACGACGACGUAACGUAAAUCAUGUAGAUCGAUGACUUAUUUUGCGUAUGGGCACAGGGCUUAUUGUGAGUGUAAUACGUGUGAAGGGGAAGCAAGGAAAACACGCCCAUGAUGAAAAAAUCGAUAAACAAAAUGCUGGGAGUCAGUACCUAGGAUGAGACUUUGUCGAAUUUAAAAUUCUUUUACCGCUAACAAACUUUACAAGAUAAGGUGGUUAUCGAAUAGUUUACCUCUCGGAAAUACAUUUGUAUGGAAGAAUAGCAUCGGGCCGCCUUAAUUUUGCGAUCUUUUCUUUCUAGAACGCUACGAACAUUACCAUAACUAAUUCUUCUUACGGAAUGAUGAAUGAUUCUUAUCUUGUGCUUUACGUAAGUAUCACAAAUAAUUGCUAAUAGUUUUUAAUUGUAUAGUUGCUCAGGUGCUUUCGAAUCCUUUUGCGAGUUGGUUUUGUCGAUGAAACCAUUCUUCUAAUAGGGAAAGCUCUUUGCUUAUUUGGUUCCAAUUGGUUUGAUAACUCAUGCCGAAAUAAGAUUAGUUUCUGUUAGAAUUUGACAGAAAAACUUGAAAGAGAAAGAAUAAGAUAAGGAAAUAAAGAAUCGUAAAAUAAUAAUAAUAAUAAUAAUAAUAAUAAUAAUAAUAAAAACGUACAAUACUCGCCUUUUUAUUUCAACCUAAUUUCUUUCCCGACUAAUCAGUUUUUUUGUGAUUUUGUCCUUGGAUUUAGACAAAGUACUUCACUAUAUGUAUAGUCUUUGUCAAAAGGAGAAAUCAAUCGGAUAAGAAAUAUAGCUCUUAACAAAACGAAUAUCAGCAUCUUUGGACGUUUCAUUCAAGUUUUUACUCCGUAAAUGUUAGGAGAAUCAUUUCUUUCCUUAACACCCUAGAUAUAUCCGUGAAGAAAAUCGAUGAUAAUCUUGUUUUUCAGAUUACUUCUCUGCCAUAUCCUGUGCACAUGUUCUAUGACUUCCCAAUCCGUAAGUUUUGUGAAAGCUCUGAGCCAAAAAUGAGUCAAUGAGCUUCUAAUGGUUGUUUUGUAUUUUGUUUAUUCGCAUUUGUUCACUGGUCUAUUUGUUUAUUUCUUCUGUUAAUAUUUACUUUUUCUUACAUCUUUUUAGCUCAGUACAAACCAGUAAGAUAAUAACGAAAACUAGAUUUUCUUUCAAAAUUCGCGGCAGCGGUUUAUAUGCUUUUAUAAAAUAUCAGGUAACAAUUUAAUAUUGCACUUUCUCAGUGACGCACCACCUUAGUCCUUGUGGAAUCGCUAUAAUUACAAUCACUAUUUGUGAGCAGAAUCUGUGUUUAAUACGCUACUGCGUUCUGAAAGCCAGCCUCUUUUUUAAGAAAGCAUGAUAGAUUUACACAUGUCUGAAACAUUGUUCAUUUUAAAUACAGUUUGCGAAGUGCCAACACCAUGCGUAGGGGAGUUAGGUGAGUUUUUAGAGGGAGAGCUGCUAGAGCAAAAUUUCAUCUACAGCGUCAUCCUGAGUUCCAAUUCCAAGCCUAUACCAUAUGUGUCCCCGUUCUAGUGCAUCAUAUUCAUCCUCAUACUCUUUUUAAAUCAAACAGUUAUCAAAUUUAUUGUAGAGAAAAGACUGUUAUGUCCUCGACGUGGUCGUAAGGGUAUAAGCCUUAAUCCGUAUUUAAUAACCGCCAAUCAGUGGCACAGUGAUACCAUUUAUUGAAUACUGUCUUUAGUUUCAAAUGGUCUUUUCGGUUGGAAAAAUCCUUCGAUGACCUUUCAAGAUAAGUUUCCAAAAAUUUAUCCUGCUUGGGUUCAGAGAAGGUUCCAGGAGGGAAAAUUAUGUUUGAUUUUCAAAGCUCGCAAGGUGUUAUUCCUGAUACGUUCUUGAAUCCUCUUCUCUUAACUACUUUUUAAGUAGUGCUUCAGUUUUGUGUUAUUCUUAACAAUAGGGUGGUAGCAGCCACGAUGUCUAAAAUAUUCACACAAUAAAGGGGCAAUGUGUUGGAAGGUUUUUAGAUUUGCAAAUAAUCUUAAGAUAGUCAAUGUACUAUUUUUCUCAUCUAUCCUCCUUUGGGAUCAAUAUCAGUCAAUAUCUGGGCAACUGUCCACUACCCCUUCAACGUAAAAACUUAAUGAAACAGAGAUUGAUUAUUAUGUGGGCCUUUCAAGGGUCCUUUUUAUAGUUCUAUUUAUAUUAAUAAGAUAUCACUUCACGGUUUAAUGCGUCUUAAUUUAUAAUCAUCUAUGCCACUAUUUGUAAUUUUGGUACUUAUGAUAUAUUCUAUAUUAUAUAUGCCAUAGGGAAACUUGUAAUUUGCUUUUGAUUUUUUCUCCUUUUUAGUCCAAACAACUCAGUCUACAGGUAAGUUCGAAAAUAUAAAGCUUUAUCCCAAGUUUUAAAAGUCACUUUCAUCGAAAAAAAAAAAACUCCACAUUAUAAGACAAUUAUAAUCAGCGUUGUUACUACAUAUAAUAUUAUUAUUUAUGAUAUGUUCUUUAAGAGAACUGUUCAAAAUACCACUCCAGCUCCGACAGCCAGAGUGAUUUCCUUCUGAUUUUUUUUCUCUCUUUGUAGUCCACGCAACUCAUUCUACAGGUAGGUUUGAAAAUUUACAGCCUUAAACAAAGUUAGAAUCAAGGAAUUUUAUUAAAAUGUAGAAAGCCGAAUGUAAACUGGACAGAAAUAUGCGAGGGGGAUAAGCGGUGGGGCUUAAUACAUGGAGGACUAUUCAUAACUUCCCUUGCAUUGGUUCACUUUCAACAAAUUAGUGUGGAACAAUGGGAGUAUAGGAAUAUUGCCCCACCAGGUUGAAAACCUUAUGUUAGCUAGCCUGAUUCGCACCUGUUGGUUAGGGGCAGUUGGAUCUAAUUCCCUGUUUUUGUUGUCUGCUAUACUUUAUUUGAGAUCUUAUUUCAUGACACCAUUACUCUGUUGUGAAUCAGGGACCAAACGUACGUAUUCCCUGUAAGAUAUAGAUCGUGGGAAGAUAUUGUUCACCACAAUUUACCAUUCUUUUCACUGAGUCGAGGACACCGAAAUUUUUUGUCAGCCAUGGGUGAUUGUGAGGUGCUAGUCGGCAAGUUGUUUUUCUGAUAUUAUGCAACCUCACCAUAGUCUGCGUUAUCCUAUAAAAAAAACUUAUAUUUGGUACAGAGACAACUUUCUUGAAAAACCACAACAUACGAUCUCAAAGUUUGUCACUGGCAGUUUUGAUUACUACCUGGGAAUGGUUAAAUUGUUUAUUUUUCUCUUUUUUAUCGCAAAAACAGUAUAUGCCUCAUAUGCAGUAAAUAUACACGAUCAUACAGCAAUUGUUUUUUAGAAAUAUGCCUCAUCUCUCUCUUACAGACAGUGAUAAGAAAGGUACUGCCAUUAUUGCAGCUGUCCUCUCUACAAUAGUUGCAAUUGUUCUGAUUGGCUUGAUAGUUUUCUAUUGUCGUCGUCGCCCUUUACCCCCAACGUUAGGUAAGUAUCAUUUUCAAUAAGAAUUAAGGUUAGUGAAGGUGGUUAAUUAUGUCAUUUAUUUACGUAACACAAUUUUUCCUCUAAAUCGGGUCUUAAUUUAAAAACUUGUAUUUGUGCGACUGAUUUCUUGUUAUUUCAAAAUAGAUGACAUGAAGUGGUAAUGAACGGAAUGGAGCAUAAUUUUUGUCUGAAAAUAAUACUUGUGAUUUCAAAUAAAACUCAAGCUGCCCGCUCGUUCGAUUUCGAAAUCAAGGGUAUUAUUUCAGACCCUAUACUACAAAUGCAAAAUUUAACCAUGGUCAUUAGCUGAUAACACGUAUAAUCCCAAACAGUGUAGGAAGUUGAAAUUUGGUGCAGAAACUUGAAAUUGAAUUGAUUGACAGGUAAGUCGCGAAAACAAAACAAAACAAAAUAGCGGAAAGAUGAGGAGAGAGUAACAACGUUUUAAUUCAGAGUUUGAGGGAGCAUUCUAAAAACAGAAACACCCAACAAAGAAAAAACAACUGGCUAUAGUAUGGCUUCCAAGAACGGAUUUGAAAGUAUGAACCGGAGGCUCUGAAUAAAAAUUCUCUCGGAGUUUUAGGCAACAGUUCGUCGACGAAAGACGCAGAAGAUCAUGAGUGUGACAGUCUUCGUGUAAUGUUACUGCCGUUGACCGAUACCUAACAGAGAAAGAAUGCAAACACUCAAUUAUUCUCGAGAGAGGUUUCAAAAGUUUGAAGCAAAUUAUUGACGAAAAAGCUCGAAUAUUCUGGCCACAAGGCAAAGGCAAGCGGCCGAACUGGCGGGCUAUGACUCGAAAUAAAGACAACCAAAAAGGAAAACAGAGUCAUAUCUUAGCUUGUAUAUUUAAUAACUGGUAAUCAGAUUAUUUUUAUCUUGCAAUUUCGGAUAAAUCAGCACUAAUAAAUUUAUCAAAGACUAGAAAUUGCCCUUGAAAAAUUUACUCGUGCUGAUUUAUCCCAAAUUCCACUCGAAUUUUCUUAUUACCUAUGCAAAUUACACUCGGAUCAGUUUAAUUACCAUAUUUUAUCCCAUGCGCUUUUUCUUGCAGAUCUGGAAUUUGAGUACGACGCGUUCAUUAUAUUCAGUUCCGAGGACUCACAGUGGGUGAUAAACACCCUAAUUCCAACCUUGGAGGAAAACCAUGGAAUGAAGUGUUGUGUGCACUACCGAGACUUUACCCCCGGAGUAACUUUUAGGAAAAAUAUGGUGGAUAGCGUUUACAAGUGCAAGAAAACCAUCGCCGUUGUGUCCACUCACUUUUUCAACAGUAAGUAUUGUGGGUCAGAACUGGAUUACGCCCUUCAUCGACUUAUGGAAAAGAGAGAUGAUAGUUUAGUUGUCAUCAAGAUCGAUGAUGUUGACAGAAGGAAGCUUCCUAAGGAACUUCAAAAACGGAGUUACAUCGACUACGCAAAGUCAGUUGAAAAGGAAAGCUGGGAAAAGAAGCUGGUUGAUUGUUUAAGUUACAAAUAGGUUUAAUA